AUGACUUCCCCGCUGCUUCUUGAUCCUCAUCUUGAGGAGGAUGAUGUCCAUGUGCUCGCUGUUAUUCUUGAUGUUACGUUAAUCCCUGAAGCAGGUAUUGUUCUAGCUAUGAGCAAGAAGAAGCUUGAUUUCACUCCUAUUGCUCAGUUAAAUCCAGUUUCUGAAAAUGAAAUCUGGAAAAUUAAGGUUCGAGUUGCCCGGAUGUGGCGAUUUCAGAACAGCGAUAAACCUGGAGAUGUUGGUGGAAUCGAUUUAAUACUUGUGGAUGAUAAGGUAUGUGAUUUAACCAAAAAUGUAAUUGGCGAAGUUGUUGGACCUUGUGAUCUCAAGGAGAUUAGUGUGCGAAAAUUCACAAUUCAAAGUGGAAAAUCUUCCACAAAGCUGUUCAUUAAUUCUGACAUUGCUGAGAUAAAUGAAUCCAAAGAAAAAAUGCCAAAAGAUGUUAUCUCAACAACAUCAGCUGGCUCCACUUUGAGUUUGUCAUAUUCUUCUACCCAAGUUACUUCGAAUCAUAUUCCAUUUGACAAUCGGCUUACUAUUUCUCAGCUGUUAACAUCAUAUGAGUUUAACCGUGAGAAUGAGUACCCUCGAGAACUUCUAGCUUUAGAGGGUCGCGAGUUCGUCUUCACAGUUAACAAACCUGAAACAUCCAAGAAUUUCACACCAUCUACUUUUAAAGUCAAUGAUGUUUUUGAAGAGUCUAACAAUUCGAUAAGUGCUUCAAUAGAAUCAACAUCAACUCCAACCAAAAAGAGACCAAGUACGUUAGCAAUUGAGGAUUGUGUGCCACAAGAUUCUUCAAAGAAACUUAAAGGAGAUGUUCCACUUUUAGCUGAAGAAGAUGGACAAUUUUCCUCAACAAAAUCAAAACCAAAAGUUGGGCAAGUGACUAAAAAUGAUUGUACGAAACCUUCAUCAACCAAGGAGAGAAAAACAGCAACUCUAAUUCCAAAAAAGGAGAAAAAAUGA